GCGGCAUGUCCUGGUCGACCCAUGUUCCUCUGCCGGCGUCGCGCAUUUUCAACUCUGAGCCACUCAACUGAGGCAGCUCUACUUGGUCUUCGCUCACAUCGACCCCCAGACUCAGUCCCUGACCCCAAGUCGCCACCCGAAAUCUCUGACCACGAAUGGGAGCUGAGAACGGGACGCGCUAUAUAUGUUUUGGAGCAGACUCUUCCCGAUUUUUUCACCACCGGACUCGUCAACUCUAUCGAUAGUGUUACAGGUACCUUGCGGCCAAUCCAUGCGAGUCAGAGCAGUCAAGAUGUCGACAUGAUCUACAGCCCAAACAUUCGAUUGUCCUAUACACCGCCGACUGCAUUGCCGCCACCGCUACCGAAGACCCUCCACAUUGAGGGAAUCUCUAUGUACCUUGCGUCGUCGGUUUUUGUGCGACACACAAUGAACGCGUUGUAUGCUGACACGCGUGUGGCCUUAAACAAGGUUGCUGUGGACACUCAUGGGGUGAAGAGCAAGGGGAGUCGAGAAAAGAGUCUGGUUGUGGGGUUGACUGCGACUGGUGUGGCCCGAGUGAGUGGAAUAUCCAGCGAGUGGGAGGUGAACUCCACAUAUACUUUCUCCCCGCUCACCGGCCUCAUUCAUAUCCACACAGUCAACUCCAUACAUCCAGCACCACACCAGGCAGUCUAUGACGCGCUUCGAGCGAGUGUUGGGAAUGUGUUUGGUGGAAGUAUCAAGGGUCCUGAGCCGCAGGGGCCAGCUACAAAUGCUGUCAAGGACUCGUAG